AUGACCGUCUACGUUGAGUCCGAGGUCAACAGUCUACUUAUGGAUUCCAUUCGUGCACUCUCUGUCACGUUUGAGGAAGUCCGGAAGGCAACCAAGCAGGAUCUUCUGUUAAGACAAGUUAUCAAGUACCACCGCAAUCAGUGGCCCGCGAAAACCUCUGGGGAAUUGCGGCAGUUCCAUCAACGACGAAAUUCUCUGUCUACCAUUAACGAUGGUAUUCUGUUCUAUGAUCGUGUUGUUGCUCCACAACAACUACAAGCGAGGGUCUUGAGAAAGUUCCACAACGGACAUCCCGGCAUCAACCGCAUGAAGGCCGUCGCACGCAAUUAUGUGAAUUGGUCUCACGUGAACCAACAACCGGAACAGCUGGCUUAG